GUUUGUAACGCUUUUUUUUGUAGAGUACUACUGCUGCUACUAUAUAUGAACUGGGAUUGAAUUUGAUUUUUCCAAGUCAAAAUUUUAAUAUUUUUCAAAAAUAGGUUUCUUAAUUUUUUAUUUCCUCUCCACUCUGUUGCUCCCUCUGUUGGUGGCGCUGCUGUUGCCGCCGCGUAGUUUGCCCGCCGGCGAAGUCGAGGUUUCGGACGACGACGGAAACGAAAUUCAGGCGGAGAAUUCAACGUCUGCUUCCUGUGGCGAAAUGGAUAGCCUGAUUGGACUUGUGAACAAACUCCAGAGAGCUUGUACUCUCCUCGGCGAUUAUGGCGAAGAUAAUCGCAAAUUGCCUACUCUUUGGGACGCUCUUCCUACCAUCGUCGUUCUCGGCGGCCAGAGUUCCGGAAAGUCGUCCGUGUUGGAGAGCAUUGUUGGCCGCGAUUUUCUGCCAAGGGGAUCCGGUAUUGUUACAAGAAGGCCUUUGGUGUUGCAGCUUUACAAGACAAAUCCAGGAUCAGAAGAUUAUGCACAGUUUCUUCAUACGGGAGAUAAAAAAUAUACAGACUUCUCACUGGUUCGAAAAGAAAUUCAGGAUGAGACUGACAAAGUGACUGGGAGGACAAAGCAGAUUUCACCGCUGCCAAUUAAUCUCAGUAUCUAUUCCCAAAAUGUUGUUAAUCUAACGUUGGUAGAUUUACCUGGAUUAACUAGAGUAGCUGUGGAGGGACAGCCUGAAGGUGUGGUUCAAGAAAUUGAGAAUACUGUUCGUUCAUAUGUGGAAAAGCCAAAUACAAUCAUUUUAGCUGUGACUCCGGCCAAUCAAGAUCUUGCCACAUCUGAUGCAGUCAAGAUUGCACGUGAAGUUGAUCCAGCAGGUGAACGGACCUUUGGUGUUUUGACAAAAGUUGAUUUAAUGGACAAAGGAACGAAUGCAUUGGAUGUACUGGAAGGACGAUCGUACAGACUGCAACAUCCCUGGGUUGGAAUUGUGAAUCGUUCACAAGCUGACAUAAACAGAAAUGUUGACAUGAUUACUGCAAGGCGCAGGGAACGGGAAUUUUUCGCCACAAAUCCUGAAUAUGCACAUUUGGCCAGCAGAAUGGGUUCAGAGUAUCUCGCUACGGUGCUUUCAAAGCACCUUGAAUCAGUUAUAACGGCCCGGAUACCAGGUAUUAUGUCAAUGAUAAUCAGAACUGCUGACGAACUUGAAGUGGAGCUUGCCCAACUUGGGAGACCUGUUGCUGUAGACGCUGGGGCCCAAUUGUACACAAUCAUGGAGCUAUGCCGAGCAUGUGACAGAGUAUUUAAGGAGCACCUUGAAGGAGGCCGGCCAGGAGGAGAACAAAUUUAUGGGAUUUUCGACUACCAACUCCCUGCUGCUUUGAGGAAGAUUCCUUUUGACCGCCACCUUUCUCUUCAAAAUGUUAGGAAGGUGGUCGCACAAGCUGAUGGUUAUCAGCCCCAUCUCAUUGCACCUGAGCAGGGUUACAGACGCUUGAUUGAGAGCUCUCUUAAUUAUCUCAGGGGUCCAGCUGAAGCUUCCGUUGAAGCAGUCCACGGGAUCUUGAAGGAACUUGUGCGGAAGUCAAUUGGAGAAACACAGGAAUUGGCACGCUUUCCGACCCUGCAAAGGCACAUAGGAACUGCAGCAAUUGAGGCACUAGAGAGGUUCCGAGAUGAUAGCAAGAAAACAGUGUUGCGCAUGGUGGACAUGGAGUCCUCUUACCUGACUGUAGAUUUCUUCCGAAAACUCCCACAAGAGGUAGAAAAAGGUGGCAAUCCAACUGCCCCUUCUGCUGACCGCUAUAGUGAAGGGCACUUCAGAAGAAUAGGUUCAAAUGUUUCCUCAUACAUGAGCAUGGUCUCUGAAAAUCUUCGGAAUACUAUUCCGAAGGCUGUAGUUCACUGUCAAGUUCGAGAGGCAAAGCAAUCUUUGCUGGAUCACUUCUACACACAAGUAGGCAGGAAGGAGGGCCAUCAGCUUAGUCAUCUGCUGGAUGAAGACCCAGCAUUACUGGAGAGGAGGCAGCAGUGUUUGAAGAGGCUAGAGCUAUACAAGGCUGCAAGGGAUGAAAUAGAAUCAGUGCUGUGGACAAGAUGAGAUUGACUGUUUCAUGAACCUCCUGGAAAGAUAAUUUCACUAGAAAAAUAUGUUUCAUGUUAAUUUCUGAUAUUGAUGGAUUGCUUAAAUUUAAUUAGGGAAUUGUUUCUUGGUGCAUUUGCGCUCUGUAUCCCUUGAGUCGUUACUGGAGCUGAAAAUGGCUUUCUAUCCCUCUUGUGUAGAUCUUGAGCUUAUUUGUAGAUCCAUCGGUUCGGAAAUGUUAUUAACCGCAGAAAACGAGCUAAAACUCACAUGUGCGAGCUCAAGCGCUGAUGAUGGAGUAAUAUCCAAACGAUUUAAAUCUAGUAGCCGAGCAAAAUACAUAAGUAGCCCUUUACAUGCUUUCUAUAUCACAUCACAAAUUGGGCUUAAUAAUAAUCAUCUGACUUUGCCCCAAAAAUGGGGUAAUUAAGUAGGCACAAUCUCAAAAUAAGGGUAUCUUCCACCCCGAUCAAUCUGGUUCUCCAACUAUUCCCUUAAAGUAAGAAGGUCAAAACCAUUACGGUUUUUGUUCAUGAUCACUUCCGAGAAUGUGAAACGUAUUUUCGAUAGUAAAGACAAACUAUAACCCGCAUAGUAUUAUUGCACAAGAUCCUUAAGGAUUAGCAAUGGAAAUUAUGACUCAGGCACCAUCUGUUUGUUUGCCAGAUUUCUUAUCAAGCUCUUCCAAUGCCGCCCAUAGCUUCGGAUCUUCAUAGUCCUUUAUGAGAAAUGUAGGUUUUGCUUGCAUUAACAAGUGCUCUGGAUUUCUAGUUGUUAAACCAACAACCGGCAUGCCAGCAGCAACCCCAGCUUUGAUUCCAGAAACAGAAUCCUAUUGAAACAUUCACAGAAACUGAUUAAUUUACUUGUAAAGAGUAAAGAAUAGUAGUUGCCCAACCAAAAAGGUAUAAGAAGACAAACCUCAAAUACUACAGUGUGAUCCUUGGACACGUGGAGUACUUCAAGCGCCUUCAAAUAGGGAUCAGGGAAUGGUUUUGCACGCUCACAAUCACUUCCAAGAAUGACAGCUUCGAAAAAGUCAGAAAGGCCAAGUAAUGAAAUCAUCAGCUCAGCAUUAGGCUUUGGAGCGUUGGUCACUGCAGCUCGCCUCAAACCACGAUCUUCAAUCCAUUUACGUAAUUUGUACAGGCCAUCAAUGGGUUUCAGUUGCUCCUUAGCCAACCUGCAGUUAUCAUUCCAAAGAACAUAAAGAGAUACAACAGGGUGAUAGAAAAAAUGGCCAUCAUGAGGUGAAGUUAAAAUAAUAGCACCAAGAUUACAGCACUAACUUUCUAAACAUAGCUUCCUUGUCCUCACAAAAUUUCAAGCCCCUUUCACGAUCACCAGGGAAAAGAAUUUCGGCAAUGUCAUCAUUGUGCUUCCCGGCGAUAUUCUCAAUGAAGAAUUCUUCAGUAAUUGGAACACCGCCAUUAAAUCCUAUCUGUCAAAAUAAAUAUAUUCUAUUUAUGGAAGAAAGACUAAGAGAAUGCAUCUCAUUCAAGCUAUAGAGGACAAAGACAUCAUUAUUCAGUCCCUAGAAGCAGAAACAAAAGAUUAACUGUAUCAAUAGACCCUCACCCAGAUUGAUGCAAUAAGUUCACACGCAACUCUGAACUAAAAUUGGCAACUUAUAAUUGAAUGAACAAAAACCAUUGAAAUGUAAAUCGUUACUCACCUCUUGAAGCAUUACACAAAAAGCAUGGUGAUGGAGGGGAUCAGAAUCACAAAGGGUUCCAUCAACAUCAAACAGCACAGCUUGAAGAGGAGCAAGGUGAGCAAGUGACGAAGAGCUGCAAAAAGAAAAAGUAAACUGUAAGUAAAAGUUCGUUCUGGAAAACAACUACUUGAGAUGUGAGAAUAAACACCAAAACCAGAGUUGAAUUUCACUUUAUUCAUAUGUUAAGGUCAUAGUACGUAUAACAACACCCGUACACUGGACUUAAACACAUUUCAAAAGAUGCUCCGAUCAAACAGAACUUAACUGGUAUUCAACAGUUAUAUGCAAUAAAUAUAAAUUCCAAGAGCAACAAGUAGCUCAAAUUAAAGCAUGCCAUACUAUAAAACAUAAAGAACCAAAGCUCCUAGUACUCUAUUACUUCUCCAGAAAUAGAAGAAUGACAUAUAUAGAAGUUCCAAGAACAAGCAUUACAUAUGAUCAUGGGAAAAUGAAUAAUGUAUGAACAGCAAAUAAAUGCGAGGCCAAACAAACAUGGCUAAAGUUGUGAGAGUGGAGAAUAUCUUCAGCAUCAGUUGGGGGUUCAAAACUCGUCGGGAGCCAUCAAAAUAUAAAAAAGAAAAUCAUGGGGAGUCUGUGCAGCCAAUUUCUAGAAACACAUGUACAUUGUAUUUGUGAUUGACGCCCAGAUAAAAUUCUUCAUGAACUUUUCAUGUAUGCAAGGAAAUUACAGAUCAAAGAGGCUCAAAGUAGCAAUGAACAAAAUCACAGAAUGUUUUAAGAAGAGGAUGAAUAAAAUAGAUGAUCAGCACUUCCACAUCUCCUCAACAAUCAAGAUCUCAAUAGGCUGUCUUGGAUUCAACCGUCUACUCAAACAAAAUCCUGCUACGCAAUUUUUCUCUCUGUAUGACUAACUGUUGAAAUUGAAAGGAUCAAAUAACAAAAGUGGCCACAUUCUGCCGACACAUUUUCGAGCAUCUACCCAACCAAUCAUCAAGAACGAUUUCAGAUGGGUUCCAACAAAAAGAUGCACCAAAUGCAUGAGUUAGCAAGAAAGCAAGAACCCCUAAGAACAAUUUAAAAUCCCAAAAAGGAAACCCUUCCGGAAGAAUAGAAUAAUGUUCAUGUUCACCAUACAAGUGCAGAAGUAUCAGCAGAAGCAGAAAAUGAUAAAAGAAUAAUCAAAUCUCUGUAAUACACCGUAUAUCAUACGAUAACAUUUGAGCAAAAAUACAGGCAGUUCUUAUCAAAUUGAUGGAAUUAUACAAUCAAAGAACUUGGUCUGGACGAUCACACGGUGAUUAAACUCAAAAACAAACUUCCGAUAAACAUGCUCGACAUACUAAACCCAGAAGGGAAAAUGAAUUCACCUGGAGGAAGAAUUUUCAGAAGCAGAAACCGUCAUGAUUACUUCCUUUUUCUGGGUUUUUCUUUCCCACUAUUUCUCAGGUCAAUUUUGAUGCGGGUAAAGCUCCCCAAUGAGAGUGUUGAGCACAAAUCAGUGACCCAAAUGUGAUGAAAAAUAUAAGGAAAAGGAGAGAGGGGAAGAAUGUUCUCGGAAAUCAAGGGACACAAAAAGCGCGAGAGAAACUCUGCGUUGUCUCUCCUCCCGCUGGCUCUCCUUUUUCUACAGAAAAAUGGAAAGAAGUUUCUCUUUUUUUUCAGUUACCUUACAAAGUG